AUGCAGCCCGCCCUGGGGAUACUAGGUGAUAUGUACGACCUGUGUGCCAUCCUGAAGUGGGCUGGUAUGUUUUGGUCUCCCCGCGAACUCCUGUACUGGAAUUCGAGCUUCCGCCUUACUAUUUGUGAGGCCUCCAAGGAACUUUGCCUCAAAUUUGAGGAUGCCGAAUCGAGUCACCGCCAGUCCCAUAAGUUGAGUGCCAUCAAUUGGGAAGAUCCAAGCGAAGAGCAGAAUGCUGACAUCGAUAACUAUCGACGGUUCCUUGCUGAUCGUCGCGACGCGAUAGAUUUUUUCACGAUCCCUCUAACCUGCACAACCGAUCGACAGGACUGGGCCAUCUACAACCCUGAGAGACUGUUUCGCCUCUGGAGAGGAGACGCUGGUUUCUUGGAGUGGUCGGAGGCAAAGACUGGCUUUCUCCAUCAUAUCCUGCGCAAAUCCAUUUCAAUCUAUGGCGAUGAGGGAUCUAAAACGGGAAGAGAGAGACAAGUUUCUAUUGUGGACAGCUUCCCAGUGAUUGUGGACUAG